CGGACCUCUCACCACCCACCUCGUCGGCCACCACCCGGCAACAUGCUCAAGUCGACGUACAAACCCUCGCCGGGCGUCGCCGCCGCCGCAGCAGCAGCGGCGCCUCUCCCUCCCGGCUGGACCGAGCACAAGGCCCCGAGCGGACACACGUACUUCUACAAUGCCGAGACCAAGGAAUCCACAUACAAGCGGCCUGGCCUCCCCCCCCAGCCGCAGCUGCAGCCGGCCCCGACGACGGCGCAAACGCCGUACCCAAACAUCCCCAAUCUCUCCGACCCGCGCGUUGCAAAUGCUUUCCUCGCGCAGCGGAACCCGCAACCCCAGCAUCAAUCCCGGGGCGGGCAUAGCGGGCGCGGGGGGCGCGGCGGGUUCGAGGGCCGCCCGCGACCCCAGCCCAUCGACAAGCCGCGAAGAAAAGAGCCCAUACCGGGCUUCGAGCCGUGGAUCCUAGUCUACACAAAGUACUCGCGUCGCUUCGUAUACAACCCUGUGAAGAACGCGAGCUACUGGCGCAUACCUGAGAAGCUGAUGCCCAGCAUUCUGGAGCUUGACAAAGCCCGAAUACGAAAGAAGGCUUGUGGCGGUGAUGAGGGAGAAGAGGAGGAUGCCGCUGUGGAGAUGAGACCAAAGGACAAUACGGCGCGCCAGGACUUUGAAGGCGACAGUUCCGAGUAUGAAGAAGUCGAGGUCGAGGUCACUGACGAUGAGGCGGCCGACGACGGCGAUGACGGUGACGCGGAACACGCCUCGAAACGACAACGAACGGACGACGCACGAGAAGAAGCCAACGAGCCAGAAGGGCCCGUUGAGUUCACAGAGGCAGACAUACAGGCCCAGCUGCAGAUGAUGGGCGAGGACUACGGCCUCGAGCCCGGGGAUUACGACGACGGCAACAUGGACGAGUGGCCCGAGGGCACUGCAGGCGUGGAAUUCUCCCAAGAGGACGCCCAGCUCCUGUUUCAGGACCUGCUCAACGACUUCAACAUCAACCCCUACAGCCCCUGGGAGAAGCUCCUCGAAGAGGGCAAGGUCGUCGACGACCCGCGCUAUACGGCCCUCGCGACGACGAAGGCCCGCCGCGAGUGCUGGGACCAGUGGUCGCGCGACAAGAUCGCGGCGCUCAGGGAGCAGCGGGCGCUGCAGGAGAAGAAGGACCCGCGCAUAGCCUACAUGGCCUUUCUGCAGGAAAAGGCCACGCCCAAGCUCUACUGGCCCGAGUUCAAGCGCAAGUACAAGCGCGAGGAGCCCAUGCGCGACCUCAAACUCUCGGACAAGGACCGCGAGAAGGCGUAUCGCGAGCACAUUACGAGGCUCAAGAUGCCCCAGGCCAAGCUCAAGGCUGACCUGACGGCGCUGCUCAAGGCCCAGCCUGGGAGCCGAUUGCACGGCAAGUCACUCGCCACUGGCGGCGGCGGGUUGCCCACGCAGGUGCUCGGCGACGUGCGGUACAUUUCGCUCGCGCCGGAGGUGCGUGACCCCCUUGUGGAGGCGUAUGUGCAGACGCUUCCGCCGCCGCCAUCGGAGGCCGAGGGUGGCGACGCCGACGGCGAGAACCGAGAGGAGAAGGAGAGGGACGAGCGGGCGCGCAGGGAGCGGCGGGAGCGUGCGCUGCGGGAGAGGGACCGCGCGGUGGAGGAGCAGCAGCGCAGACGGGACAGGGAGGUGGCGGUGAGCAAGGCGCGGCUGCGUGAAGGGGAGAGAGAGAUUGGCCUGGCGAUGCGCGUGGACAAGCGCGGGCUGCAGAGCCAGCUCCAAGACGAUGCUGGCAGCAAGACACAGUGACACGCCCAAGCAUCCGACGUUGGCUGUGCGAAUACCAAUUAUUGCGCACUACGAUAUGCAUGAUGAACGAGGAGAGAAGCCCAAUCAUAUCAUCAACAACCUCGGACCUACCGCAGCUUUUGACCCUCCGGUGGCAAUAUUUUCCCUUGUUCUUCUUCUUCCAGGUCCUCAAACAAAGUGUUUUCACCAAGGCGUGACAUGUCAACACAACGAAUUCUCACAGAUCCCCCAAAAACCGAUCCGCCCGCCGCCUCGCCCGCGCCGCCCACUCCUCGAUGCCCGCGCGCGUCGUGACGCCGUCCUCGGUCACGUAGUCGGUCGCCAGCGCGGCGGGCACCCACUCAAAGU